GGCACAAAGAAGAAGCCGGGGAGCCGGGACCGCUCGCGGUCGGGGGCGGCGGCUGUUUUACAGCUGUGUGCUUCUGCUGACUCCAGUGGAGUUAGUCCUGAUUUUUACCCCUGUGAGAGGAGAAUAAGUUCAUCCGUGUUUCUGUGCCUGUAUUUGGAGUAAGGAGACAAAUAAGGGCUCUGUAUGAGACUUUUUUUUAAAUGAUCUAUUAAAUCUCAUCGCAAAAUCCUUCAUUACAAGAAAUGGAAACUUUCAGAUGAAUCUGUGAGUGAGGCUUGUGGCAUUUCUAGAUGAAGUAAUUUAAGCAGAGAAGUCCACUGAGUUCUGGGUCUAUUUGAGAUGGACUAGGAAGUACCCUCCGCCACCUGAAAGAGAAAAAUAGCUUUUUACUUACCUUCAGACGAUCAGUUUGCAUUAUGGGGUCAGUAUUUUAGGUUUGCUAACAAAUGGAUGAAAGCCUUUCUGAAGAGUCUUGUGGUGGUGGUGAUUACUUAGAGAAUGAAGAUCAGAAAAAGAGACACCUAUCUGGUUCCAGUCCAUCAAAAGAUAUUAGGAAGGCAGUUGAAGAUACACUAUCUACUCCUUCAAAUAGUCUAGAUUUGAGUAGGAAAAAACUUCAGCAUCUUACUGAGGAAAUAUACAAAUUACCCAACCUUAAACAUUUGCAUCUGGAAGGAAAUGCUUUAGUCAUAAUUCCUAAGGAUUUAUUUCAGCAGCUGCCAAAUCUUGUUUGGCUGGAUCUCCGGUAUAACAAAAUUAAAACUCUUCCCCCUGGAAUUGGAUGUCACAAACUUUUAUGCAGAAUAUCAGGCUUUGAUUUACUACUUUUGUUGGAGGAUUAUUUAUUGGAGGUUAUCUGGAUGACAUGCAUAGAGAAGUCACAUGAGACUGUAAUCUCAGCUGUUGCUCUGCAUGCCCCAAUUGAGAGGCGAGGGUAUGCUGAGUGGAUCCAGCAAUUGAAAACUUUACUUUUAGAAAGAAAUCCUAUAAAAAGGCUGCCAGUGGAGCUUGGUAAUUUAACUUCAUUGACAGCACUGAAUCUAAGGCAUUGCCCUCUGGAGUUUCCACCUAAAGAUGUUGUACAGAGGGGACUGCGGUCCAUUCUGUGCUUUCUCCGGAAUGUUGGUAAUGGAAAACUUGUCAAUUUAGAACCAGAUACUCAAGAAUUGCCUUCUAUGCUACAAGAAGACGCAAAGGCCAUUGUUAAAGAGUACAAGAGAAAGUCAAAGAGAUACCCUGCUCUUAGGAAAGCAUUCACUGGUCCAUGGAAACAGAUGAGCUUCAUUAAAAUGCCACCUGUUGAAAAGUUAAAUUUAACUGAGUUGAUGAAAUCCAGUUUGGAUUUGUCAGAUGAGUGGCCUAAUGAAGAAGAAAUGCUACGAUUUCAGAAGCUGAGGGAGGAAAUGGUGAAAGAUGAAAAGGAAGAAUUUCUUGCUAACCAAGAUUUAAAUCCUAAAGCCACAAUGCAGGAGUUUGCUGAGUUCAGAAAAAACGGCAGAAAGAAAGAGAGGCUCUACAACAAAUCAGCGACUCUUUCCAGGAAGAAGUUCUCACAGAAGAAUAUAUUUUCUGAGUUUCAAUCAUAUGAUAAGAUGAUUCAAGCAAAGCAAGCUGAAGAGUUCAGAUUGGCUGUGCAAAAGGAACUAAAAGAGACACAGGCUUUAAUUGAACAGCACAGAAAAGAUAAAGAAGUGCUUCGGGAAUGGAGACAGCGUGCCAAGAUGAUGAAGGAGAAGAAAGAGGUAUUGUUCAGGUAUUCACCUACAAGAGCAGACAUGAUAUCAAAAAGUGCACCAUAUGCUACUGAUAACAUCAAUUAUCACAAUACGAGAGAAGGGUGUGAAAACCUAAAGAAAUGCACACCUGAAAAAAGUGAACAUGUGAGAAGAAUGUUGAAAGUAAAUUCUAUAAGAGAAGCUGAAGCUGCAAGUGCCUCCAGGGAAAAAGAAUUGGAACAACGCAUCAAACAGCAUACACAAAUGAUAAAAGAAAGAAGAAAAAAGUCAAAAGGGACACCCCAAGAGGAAAUGCAGAGAGCAAAACAAGACUUUGAAACUGCGGAAAAGCUUCAGGCUGAGCUAGCACAAGUAAAACAAGAACUUCAGCAGGAGUAUCGGUUUACUGCCUUCACAGGCGAGCCUGUUCCUGAUUCACCGAGAAUGCCACCUCAUAAUAUCUUUUCUACCAUGAAAUUUUGAUUGCCUGAAAUUCUUAAAAGAACAUUUGUCUUACAGUUUGGAAAGCUGCUUUUCAGCAGGCUUUAAAAGUGCUCCUUUUAUUACCUAUUCUUGUUGAUUGUGUUUUAACAAAGUUUUUAAAUUAAAAUGAUAAUAAAUUUAUCUUGCCCAUUCAACUAACAUAAUUUCAGUAGAUUUAUAGUUACAUGGUUAUAAAGUGUUUUUGGUGUUAUAUUGUGUUUCUUUUACUGUUUCUUUUUGACCUUCUUAAGAUCCCAUUCUGCAAUUUUUACUCAAGCAAACCCCCUAUUGAAAUAUGCUUCAGUUGAAGUUUUGCCUAGGUAAGAAUUGCAGAAUGUAUCCUUUACAUUGUCAUUAUUUGGGGCAAGAAACUUUUUUUAUUUGUAUGUUUAUUAAUUUAAAAUACCACGAGCACCUACAGGGCUAUAUAAAUUAAUAAUGUAAAGAAUAAUAUAGUGCGUAGUUGGAGAUAUAUCUUAGGGCUGCAGUUGCAUCAGGGGAUUCUGGUGUCAUAGCCACAACAUUAGUAAUUGUUAAAAUGCAGCUCUGCUAUCUGAGGAUACUUUUCAAAUGCAGGAAGAUCCUGGGCACUAGAAAUGUAAUUGUUUGUGUAUUUUUCGUCAAUGAAUAAAAUAUUUAAGUAUUUUAUUUUCAACUUUCUUUCCCCUAGGUGGCAUCACUUUCUGUCUCCAGGACCAUGAUGUAGGGCUUGGAUCCUGUUUGCAGACAGUGGGAGCUGACAGCUUCAAAAGUGAUCAGCUGCGGCUGGAGGGCAUUGUGCUGCCUGCUGCCCUCUAGUCCAGGAGGGAGAUCCAAAUGCUGGCAAGGCAAGGGAACCACUGAAGGAAGCAGGAGAAGUGUUGGGGAUAUUCUACUAUAGCUAGUGACACCCUCCUCCCCCAAUUUGAAUGAGUGGAGAGGAGACAGGAAAGGACUGGAAGAAAAGCUUCUAAAAGCAUUGGAGCCAGGAAUAGGAAGCGGCUAAGCAGGAAGCCAGGAGCACAGCAGGAGUAGGGGAUAGGUGGGAUAGUAAUUAGGAUAGGGAGGACAUGGGAUGGCCAUACAAGCCCACUGUAGGGAGGUGAGGAAGAAGGGAGUAGGGCUGGAGUCAGCCCUUUUGAAGGGACCUAUUAGCAAUCAAUUCCUUCCCCAAUCUCCCAGCAGUUGUGUCUGUAGUACCCCAGCAAAUUCCUCUAAGUAGCUCCCUUGCUUUCUCAGGGUCUGGAUCACCCUGCUGGUGAAGGGGAAGCAGGUGACAGAUUAUCUCAGGCUGCUGCUAAAUGCCUUCAGAGCUGUCAUUCUCUGAAAUCUAAUCCCUUCAAUAUCAGGCUGCAGCCAGAAAGUGGGGCCUCCCAAAGGAGAGAAAGAGAAAAGGUAAAAAUAAAACACUUGAUCCUGAAUCACCACAGUGUGACACCAAUUUUAUAGGAGUGUUACUCCUCUGAAAUCUGUGGAGUUACCUAGAUGUCAAACUAGAGUAAUGCAAUGGUGUAUGACGACCUUUUGCCUUUCUUUUCAAAGCAAAAUCCCCAUUAUUUAUUGUACUAAUGCCCAGGAGUCUCCUAAAUGUAAAAGUCUGUAGUAUUUAAAACCGUGCUAACGGCCUUUUAAUAUCACGAGAGCCUCAGAAGGAAACAGUGGAUAAUUUCUGAACAGUAGGUCUGCUAUUUCAUUUUAUAUAUUGAAAUACAAGUCUUCUCUCCCUGUCUGAUCUUUGUAGUCUCCCCUCUCAGCCUCCUCAACUUGUUUCUGGAGUCAUUUGUCUUUCUGCUGCACUCCAUGCCUCGCUGGGGGUGUUCACCUUUCUCCAGCCUGAUGAUGUACAUUUAAAACUUACCUGAACUCCAGAUGUCUGUGAUUACAGUUUGAUUGAAAUAUGGCCUGCUACUGGGGCACAAAAUCAGGGUCAUGAAACAGCUCUCUGGUGCAGGAAGCUGUGCUGGAUGGGGAAGAGUUGAAUUCACAGUUGGGGGAGGAGGGGUUCCUGUGUGGAAAGUGAGGUGCAAACGUAUGGGGUGUCCUGUAGAGGAAUUUUUUUUCCGAGGAAGAGGACGGAGAGGACAGAGAGGAAAGGGUUGCUAGCAAACAGAAUCCAGGAGUGGCUGGUAUUGCUGGUACUUCAGAAUAUGUGGCCCAGUUUGAUCAUGUCUUAAUCUGCUCCUGAGUACACACAGUUUUACAUGUUCGUAUUUUGGAAUCAAAUACUGAUUAAUAAUAAGGAUUCAAUACCGACUGAGUCAAGUUCUGCUCUCACACAACUGUACAGUCCAGAGUAUCGCCCUUGGGUUCAAUGGAAUGUCUCUGGAUUGGCACUGUUGAAAAUGAGAUUACAAUUUGGCCCAUUUUUUUGUAUGACUGUUAACACUGUAAAAUGUUGUUUAAUCAUUCUACUCACUGUUUCCAUAUAUACUAAAUGUGUAGCAAUGUACAUUUAGCCAUUAAAAAUGCUAACACUGAAGAGAAAAUACAAAGCACUUGUAUACUAAUCACUUAAAUAUAAAGUGAUCAUAUAGUCAACAAAAUUAUUUUUAUCUGAGCACUAGUUAUUUUUAAAUUCAAUAAUAUUAUUACAAUAAUUUGUUCUUCUAAAUACACUUACCGUUCAUACUGUAAUUCUAAAUGAUAUUGCCUAAAUAAAUUGCAUUACUGUGUAAAGAUGUAUAAAGAGUUUGGGUCUGGCCAGAUUAUUUAAAUGGCUUCUUUACUGUUGUUGUAAAAUCUGCAUUGUAAGCUGUUUUGCUCAGUGCAGCAUACACUUGCCUCUGCACCCAGUCACUAUUUUAGCUGGUGCAAAGGUGGGAAAAGGCCACAGCUCCACCAUCAUUCUGCCUUUCCCUGCUUUCUCUGAAGAUGCUAGCACCAGUUGUGACACUGGCUGCCGCCUAGCACAAUACCAGCACUCCCCUGCCACUCUAAGUCUGGCCCCUACACACACAUGUGCAAACGGGGGAAACCCCUUGUGCCCCCUUUCCACUCUGCACAGUCUUAAUUUGCACCAAUGUUAUGGGCCAAAUUUGCCUCUUGUUUGUCCAUCUUUUUAAUAGAAAUGUCACUCAAUCUACUCUCAGCUGCAUUGAUGUAGAUUCAGUGU